AUGUCAUACUUAAUAGCGGCAUUGACUAUUCUGAUGACAAUGGCUGUGGAUCCAAAGGAGGAUAAAGCUAUUUUCCCAGGCUGGGGAGAUUAUAACUUCAACACUUAUUCUGGAUAUAUUCCAAUUGGCACAGGAUAAAGAUAAUUACAUUAUGUGUUUUUGGAAAGUUAGGGUGAUCCUUCAACUGAUCCUGUUGUGCUAUGGUUAAAUGGAGGUCCAGGAUGUUCAUCAUUACUUGGAUUAAAUGAAGAAAUUGGUCCAUUUGUAAUGGCUGAUGAGGAUAGAGAGUUUAAGAAGAAUCCGUAUUCAUGGAAUACUGUAGCAAAUCUACUCUUUUUAGAGUCACCAGCAGGAGUGGGAUUUUCUGUUAACAAAGAUACAUUCUAUGUCUACAAUGACACCAAUACAGGAGAAGAUAAUUAUUAAGCAAUUUUGAGUUGGUUUUCAGCUUUUAAAUAAUUUUAAGGAAGAGCAUUCUAUAUUGCAGGAGAAUCAUAUGCAGGAAUGUACAUACCAUACACCUCUAAAGCAAUCUUGGAAGGCAAUAAAGUCAGUUCCUUAAGGAUAUCCUUGAGAGGAAUUAUGAUUGGAAAUGGAUUAUUGGUAUCUGACCCAAAGAAACGUUUCUAUGCAUUACAAGAGUACUUCUUGAGGAGAAAUUUCAUGCCUCCAACAACAACGAACACUAUCAGAAAGAUUUGCUAAGUGGCUCCUGAAUCUAUUAAGUGCUUAUUGGCUCAAAGUCAUUUUGAAGAGGUUUGUUUAGGAUCAAAUAUUAAUAUUUAUAAUGUUUAUGGGUAUUGCAAGGAAGAUAGUACUCCUGAUUUUCUUAAAUCUAAGCAUCAAACUCAGAAGAAGGUCAAGUACCCUUAUGUUCCUUGGUUCGAAGGAAAUCGAGUCGAAAACAAAGGCAAGGACAAUGGUGCUCCUUGUACUGAUUUUGGACCAAUCACUGAGUAUUACAAUAGACAGGAUGUACAAAAGGCUUUACAUAUCCAAGAUUAGCCAGUACUUUGGAAUGCUUGCAAUCUUCAAAUCAAUGAAAAUUAUCACAUCAGCGAAGCAGGCAGUUACUAGAUAUUAGCACAACUAAGAGACGAAUAUGGACAAUAAAUAUUAAUAUAUUCUGGUGAUUUAGAUGCUAUAGUAAGUGUAGUGGACACUGAGUAAGCCAUCCUUAUGGUUCCAGGAAUUAGAGAAACUACUCCUUGGAGACCUUGGGGAAACAAAGAUUUAGAUCUAGCAGGCUGGGUUACAUAUUAUGAUAAGUUGACCUUUGCUGUUGUUAGAGGUGCAGGACAUAUGGUACCACAAGAUCAAAGAUAAAAUGGUUUUGAAUUGUUCCAGAGCUUCAUUUAUAAUUUAAUUUUGCCUGAGCAUAUUGAGAAAUAAUAAAUAUAUUGAUAGAUUUAUAUAUUAUUCUAUCAC